UUGGCAUCAGUCACGUUGUUAGAAGUUAUGCUCUUUGUUUUGCCUUUAUCAUAUUACCUUACAUUAAUAUCUCGCAUUAUGUCAGUGUUUAGAGAACGAAUUGGAAGAGCUCGUUAAGAAGGUGGUAGAAGCGAACGAGCGUGGCAUUAAGGCGCGAGUCAAAGAACCACUGGAGCCGAGCUGGAGCUUCGGACAGGCGUUCUUCUUCUGUGGCACUUUGGUCAGCACCGUCGGUUAUGGCCAGAUUUCACCUACGACCGCAGCCGGUAAGGCGUUUACGAUAUUCUACUGCAUCUUCGGCAUCCCUAUGUUUCUGGUAUUGCUGACCGGUUUCGUAAGCCACAUCAAGGCACCGGCCGUGUGGCUUCUCGUCAGGCUUCGAUCU